AUGGCCGCCGCCGCUGCUAAUGCGGGGCGCGAGGACUACCAACAUGCGCGCCAGCGGAACUUCGGCGGCAACCCCGGGAACUCGGUCAACAUCGAGGAGGUCGUCGGCGGGAUGGAGGCUAGCGGGAUCCAGCGCACGCCCCUCGUCGCGCGCACUGCCAAUGCCUUCGCCGGUCGCACGCAAAGCGCUUGGAUGAACCAGCAACCGCAAGCCCAGCCCCAGCAACGUCACAAGCCCCACCGCCAGUCCUUCGUCGCUCAGCAGGACUCUGGCCUCGGCAAUGCCUCUCACCCCGGCAACAUCUCGUACUCCGGCAACGUCUCCGACCGCUCGGAGAGCAUGCACGACGCUGAAUCGGUCCGGGAGAUGCUCAUGCCUGCGCAACCGCAACAGCCACGCCACUCGAUGACGCAUCAGGGACUGUCGACGAACCAAGCUGGCUCGUGGGGUCGCGCGAUGUCGAGCGCAACGCGGCCGAGGAUGCAGUCGAAUGCUUUCCCCGCAAGCGCUUCAAGACCUGCUGGCGUCUUCCGACCAUCUCGCGUACCUCGCUGA